UCUGAGGGACAAACAAAAAGCAAGAAGCUUUUGUAGUAGUUCACAUUUUUUGAGCUAGAUAGCGCUAGUUUAGUUGAACUUUUGACGUGAACUUUUAGUGAAACUUAACCAAAAUAUUCAAGCUUUUUAGAAUAAAAACCGUAUAUUUAAAGUGCUUUUAAUAUAUUAAAUAAGUAGUGUGGACACUUAAAAUACUUUCUUCCAAUAGUUCCAGUGAUUAAGUGUUAUAAUGACCAUGUACACGAGUGAUAAUGAAAACUUUGUGAAUCGCCUUUGAAAAAUAACCACCGAAUGCCCCCCCCGCCGUCCCCCUUGUCAUGAGAUGCGACGGCGGCGGCGCCAUGGCGGAGUUCCUUCCCCUGUGCGACGUGCUGUUCAACGUCAUCUCGCUGGCCGGCUACUUCUGCGACGUGGUGUUCGACGUGGUGAUGGCGUACGCGCUGCUGGAGCGCGGGCACAGCGGCGCCGCCGCCGCGGCCGCGUCCAUUGUGCUCGCGUCGCUGGUUGUGUCGCAGGUGCUAUCGCUCCGCUGGCAUCUCCACGUGUGGGCGGCGCGCGGGGGCGCGGGGCGGGCGGCGCCCUGGCUGCCCGUCGCCCUGCACUGUCUCCAGCUGGGAGUGCUCUGGAGAUACGCCAAGCUGUUCGUGCCUAAUGAUCUGAGGCAUGUCAAGCACCAGGUCCGGGACUUGUGUAUGCUCCGCCUCGUGCACGCGUUCUGCUCCGCUGCUCCCAUGCUGCUGCUGCAGCUACACGUGCUGCUGAGCGCGCCGCCCGAGCUGCCGGACGAGCCCCGCCUAGAGCCCGCCGCCAACAAGUCGUUCGCGCAGCUCAACGUGAUAUCGGCGUCGCUGUCGCUGUUCUCCGUGUGCUGGGCACUGGCGUCGUUCAGCAAGAACGUGCGGCUGCGGCACGUGCACCGCCUCGUGCUCACCUGGCUCGGGGUCAUCUUCCAGUUCCUAUGGCGGCUGGGCACCAUCUCUGCGAGAAUGUGCGCGCUCACAGUCUACGCGCUGUCCUACGAGUAUUAUAUAUUUUUAGUUAUAGGUCUCCACUGGUUCUCAAUGUUCCUCUGGCUGAUGUCCCCCAAGUCCAUAUUCCACGGCGAGCGACUCGGGGCGGCUCGGCGCGCCUACCUGUCGGCUCUAGUAGCUGUUGUGCACGUGUUCGCGUACAUCAACCUGCAGGACCGACAUCCGAGGCAGAAGAUGAUAACAUUCUACUCUGUGAUGGUCAUUGAGAACUGCAUCCUGGUGCUGGCGUGCUGGGGGGGCGCAGCGGGGGUCUCGGGGGUCGCGGGGGGCGCGGGGGGUGUACUCCCGCUUGUGUUCAUACUCGGCGCCACGGCUGCCGGGCUCGCCUUCAUGAUGCUGUAUUAUAGAUUCUUCCACGUGCGGCGGCUGGGCUACAUGCUGCGCGAGCACCAGCAGGGCACCAACAGCACCAACGCCUCCAGCCAAAACAAAAACGGUAAACAGAUGCCCACAGACGCCGCGGCUAUCCCGGGUGUCUUUAACUGUCGCUUCUCCAAUCCACCUAAAAAUCUACAACACCUUUCCCUCCACAGUGCAGCAAACGCGCGUAAGAAGAAGAAGCCUUCGUCCUUCGUGCCGCCCCCCGCGGCCCCCGCGCCCCCCGCCCCCGCCGCUCCCGCCGCCGCCUUCUGGAGGCGCCCGCUGCCCACCACGCAUAACCACCAUGGCGGUUCAUCAGAGAACGAAGGCUCAAGCGUCGGUUCCCGAGUCAACAUCCAACAGAAACUACAAGAGAAGAAACAGAAGCAACUCGCCGAACUACGAGUCAUAGAGGAGGAGAUCAAACAGGGGAAACUGGCCAAAACCACCCCCGUGGCCGUCGAGGAAAUAUACAGCAGUCUGCAGAGACAACCCAUACCCAGGGCCAAGACCCACGCGGACCCGCCCAGCUGGCCCGCCCUAGACAUCACGCACCCUUACCAAAACUACCCGGUCUUACCCCACACCUGCAAUAUUUACCCCACUUACACAGAAAUCAAACAGACGUAUAACUUUCCGAAUGGAACGGAAAACGGGACGGGGAGUGAACUCAAUGAACAGUUAAACGCCAGGAGGAUACCUAAUAGAGGGGUGUAUAGCCAAGAUCCAGGUAGGACUUUUUAUGAGAGUCCCGCGAAUGGGAGGGCAGAAGUGAAUCGAACGCCGCUUAGGACGUACUUGGUCGGAGAGACCAGGAGCUACGAAACAAACGGAUGCGGCAGUCCAAAGAACGCGCUAAAUAAUAGCCCGAGAGCGUACGCGGGUGACGUCAGCUCGGCCAACAACUCCUACGAACGACCCUCGUUAGAUAAAUCGCGAAUACCCAUACAAAACACCCCCAUAUACGAAGACAGACAGAACUUGGGAGAAUACUCGGGGUAUUGCGAGAAUAAUAACCAAAAUAUGUAUAAUAAGGGUGAAUAUGUAGCCGCGAUACAGACGGCGUUAUCCAACGCUCAAGGGGUGGAUAUUCGGACGUAUAGCGACGCUAACAAUCCUGUUUACGGGCAGAACGGGGGUAACCCUGGGUAUGGGCAGAACGGGGGUAACCCUGGGUACGGGCAGAAUGGGGACCGGUUAUUUCCCUACAGCAGUGUAGCUAAGAGUAAGCUGGAGGUCAUGAGGAAGAUGCAGCGAUGCCGGACGCCGGAGAUCCUUCUAGCCCCACACUACCUAGAAGGCUGUAAUAGGCAAGUCUGCUGCCAUUGGGGCGCACCGCAGCCUUAUAAUGGCAGAAAGAAGGAGGAUGGAGUGGGCGCGAGUAGCGGCGAGGAGUCGAGCCCGGAGGGCGUCCCACGGGACACGCCGCGCCCGCCCAGCGAUAUUGAUAGUCAGAUAUCCCUCCCGCGCUCGUACACGCUGCCUCGCGAGUUCCGCUACUGGCGGCGGCGGCCGCGGCUGCGCGACGCUCGCCUGCCCAGCAACAACAGCAGCGACGGCGAUGUCGACAGCGGCGACGAUAACAGCGACGGCCGCAGCGACAGUUCCUCGUCGCAGCGACAGAACCACCGCGAGCCGCGGCCCGCGCGCCGACUGUGCAUCAAACCGGAGACCAAACUGUGAUGACUGUCUUUGUUAUAAUAUAGGCGUAAUGAGAUAUAAUGAUGGCCCUUCUCGUUAGAGACGCACUUAUGUUCCUUGUACUUAUGGCCUUUUCAC